AUGGUUUCGUCUCCACCGCUUGUGAAACCAUGGAAGUAUGUUUGGAAAGUCGAAAAUUUGUUUAUGAUGCCGUAGUUUCCGUAAUUUUUCAAUCAUUAAAAUAUCCGUAAUUCAGAACGAAGGCUGUGGAGCGUUAUAUAAUGCUAACUGGCGCUUCAGAAAGGUCUGAAGGCCUUUUGCCUACAAGGUAAAUAAUCAGAUGUCUACUAAAAAUGAUGAUGAAGAUGUUUAGAAUGGCGAGAACACAAGCAGGACCAUCAUUAUCUGCGAAAGCCAGGAUGCACCAAGUGUCAAAGUCGGCGGAAAGGUUGUUCGUUUGAAUUUCGAUAAGGAAUGAACAUUAUUUGAAUCUGUAGCUUUUCAUAGAUUAGGAAGUUUUGCAGUUUUUUAAAGUUUAUCGUUUGAUAAUUUUCCCAUUAUAUCGGUAUUCAAAACUUCAUGUGACCUUUGAGCUUUUUUUGAAAAAUUGUAGAACUUUUUCGUUUGAAAGUUAAGGAUUUUGUGCCAUUAAUCUUAUACGUUUUUUUCGAAGCGUCUAAAAAACGCGAAAAUUUCCUAGUGUUCAUCUUCAUUUCACCUUGCGAGUUUCUUUUUCUUUCGUUGAUGGAAAGGUUGAAGUAACAGAAAACAACGCUCUUUCUUCAAUUGUAUAUUUUUGCACUGAUCUCGAUUCAUGAAAGUAUGAAGAGGAGUUUUUUCCAGAAAUUUGCCCCACAAGGUCGAUUUGACUCGACGAGCUCAUUCAGCGGGAAAUCUUCGUCGUCAAAAAGGUCAUCUUUGCGUCGGAAGCGAAGCUUCGACCGUCGAGUGGGAAUGUCGCGUUCGUUUUUUUCAACUUAACUUUUUCAUGAAAAAUAUUUGCAAUAAUUGGAAAUGGAGGGUCAGAUGUACUCACACUUUAGCUGGUUUUAGUAAAAAAGAUUAUUGAAUCGAAUAAAACUUAGUAUUUAUAAGCAAAAAUUGAAGAAAGUUAUAAAUUAAUACGCUUUUUCUCUUGAAAUUCCUGAAAGAAUGAUAGAAGAGAUGUUCUCAGAACUUGUAUCAAAUGUUUAUCAAUAUUUUAUGUACUGUUUGUGACUUCGAGUUUCUUGUGAAUUUUAUGAUUUUUCCGGAGAACUGAACUUUAAUGAAUUUUUGGAGAUUAUUCAAUGCCAAAAUAUAUAUAAUAACGUGAUUCCCAUAGCAAGUCAAUCGCCAAUGCAAAGAUUCCACCCGUUUUGAAGCAAUAAAAAUGUUAUGACGCCUGCAACUGCUUCACCAGCGCAAUCCGAUCGUGCGUUAGUUAGCGCCUUUUUUUUGUUUUCAUUUUCGAAUAUUUGAUUGUUUCAUUACUUUAAAAAUACCAUGUCCUCAAUUAUGAGGUGCGUGGAAUGACUAAUUGCGGUUAAUUGAUUUGUUCACUUCGAGUUGACAACCAGUUUCCGCAAGUCUUUAUUUGACUUCUUCUGCCAGAACGUCAUCGUCGCUUUUGGAUUUAUUCGAUCUUCUUGUUAAUUUGUUGCAUUUUCUUCUUCCAGAACCAAAAUUUCUUGAAAAAACUAUACAGAAGUUGCUAGGCUAGUUUUAUAUGCGUCAGACGUUUUUUCCUUUCAAUUCUGAUAUUUUCCUUUCACGGCAGUGCUCAAUAGUUUUCCCUCCUACUAACUUGACUACCACGCCUCCUGCGUGACUUUAUCAGCUUUUCUAAAGAAGAUUCACAUUUUUUUUUCUUUUUUUUUAGUUUAUGAAUUUUUCUCCUCUCGAGAAACCAUGAUCAUACAUUUUUCUCACAUAUUGAAGUCAGCUCGUGACAUUUUUACACCCAAUUUUGUGGACUAUAUCGCAGCGAGAGUAACGCUAUACCGCGGGAGAGCCGCGAGCGAUAUCGCUCGCCUCUCGCUGCGACCUCGCAAACGUCUUGCGCUAUAUCGCUCUCUGAAAAAUUUUUCUUUAAAAAUUUUUUUUUCUUGAAUUUGAUUGAUUUCAUCAUAAAAGUCAAAAAUAAAGCAAAAAAAAUGUUUUUCAAAUUUCAAAUUUUUGAGAGAGAGCGAUAUGGCAGCAAGACUUUGACGAGGUCGCAGCGACAUGUUGGCGAGAUCGCAGCGGGAAGCCUUGGCUAUAUCGCGUGCGGCCCGCUGCGAUAUCGGCAAUUAUGUUGGGUGUAA